AUGGUCGAGCACGAGCCUGAGCCGAAGCGCUUCUCUCCCAAGAUCCCUGUCCAGCUUGAUCCCCCGAAAUAUGAUCCCAUAACCGUUGAGGAGCUGUCCAAAUGCGAUGGUACUGAUCCUAACCGUCCCACCUUGGUUGCGAUCAAGGGAAUCGUUUUCGAUGUGACUCGGAAUCAGGCAUACAGUCCUAGUGGACAGUACCACGUCUUUGCUGGAAAGGACCCCUCCCGCGCCCUUGCCUCUUCGUCGCUCAAAGCCGAGGACUGCAAACCCGAUUGGUAUGAUCUGGAGGACAAGGAGAAGACCGUCCUGGAUGAAUGGUUCACAUUCUUCAGCAAACGCUACAACAUCGUGGGAAAGGUGAAGGAUGCUACAAACUACUAA